GGAGGGAGGCGGAAGUCGGACAAUACACUUCCGGAUUCCUUCAGUGGUUGCUAAGCAACGAGAUGGGAAGCUGACUGUACGGCAGCGGGCGGCUGCUCUUGGUGGUCCAUACGCUGUGCUCUCGUGGAUGUGUCACAUGUCUGCUCUCAGAAAGAGUCCGCUCUUAGGAUGCGGCAUCACGUGACGAGUCUGGGCAAGAAGCAGUGCUGAGCCUCCCAAUCUAUUGGCUGAGGAGAGGUCACACACGUGGUUGGUUGUACGGACCGGGCUCCAAUACAUUCAUGGCCAUCCAUGUUUUGGUCCUUGAAAAAUGUCUUUACAGGUCAUGGAGAACUUUCCACAUACAGCAUUGUUCUAUGCCAGAGCUUUGCAGACUUCCCAUGGUGGUGACAGGCUUUGUAGUCGUGUAUAGUUUGGUGACACCCUCCUUGCCCUACCGCAAAAUUGGAAUAAUACACAUGGACAUAGCAGACGUUGCACAAUACCACAUGCCUGUUCUUCCUGUGGGAUAUCGCCCGUCGAUGACGCCCAUCUCAUUGCUGAUUAACCAGAAGCCGAAGGGGAAAUGAUUCGGAUUUCGCGAAUAUUAACUGCAGCGAAGCGCUGCAGCCAAUCAGAAGAUAGGAACCCGGCUAGGGAAUCCACGCUUCUAUCCACUUUAUCCCUGCACUUGCACCGUGACCCGAUGGUACCGACGGCCAACAGCUCCCAAACCUUAACAGUGUUGUGCCUGCAUGCUCAACACACGAAGGUUUUACCAGCUGUUUCAAUGACCUUGGCAGCAAGGAAGAAUAAAAGCUGUAAUAACAGGAUAGGGAUGCUGUCCUCCUCUCUGUUGUGUGUUGUAAGCAUUAUAGGAUCUGCCUACUGCACUUUGAUAUCCAUCUAUGCUCUCAGUAAAGGGCCUCUGAUCUGUGAGAAGGGAAGCAAUACUUUGGACCAUUGUGAUUACACAUUGGGUAAUCUCAGUAACAUCCAGACCCUUACAUUUGACCUGGCCUGGUUUCUGAAUGAUACCUGCAUACCUACUUCACCAGCUGAUGACAAUGUGACUGCCUUCUUUCGGGAUGGUUUGCCUAAUUUUGUUCCGGAUUUUGAGAUUGAUGAGCGUUCUCAGAAGAUUAUUCACAUCACAGUGUUUGCGGGUUUGGCCACUGUGGGGCUGCUUCAAAUGAUAGUGGCUCUUAGUCAGAUUGUAUCAGGUUUUUUCGGUUGCAUAUGUGGAACCUCCAAAUUCAAAAAGAACAGACACAAUUCAAGUGGCAAUGACAACCGUGGCUACAAGUACUAUAAUGAUUCCGACUGAAACAAUGAAAUUCAUUCCUUGAAAACCCUAUAUGUAUUUCUGCUACUGUGAUUAUAUAUGGAAAAUGAACUAAGUAAAAAAGGCAGAAAAAUUAAAAUGUUUUAAACCAUUGGUGUAUUAAACCGGUAUCAGUAGCACAUUCUAUAUUUAUUUAUGUAGCGCACACAGAUUCCACAGCACUCUACACUCAAAUCGCACAUUUCUUUCUUUUACUAGAUAAACUCUCCGUUUCAGUUUUCUUACAUAGGGGGAAACAAACAAUGCCUACAUCAUUUACCCAGUAUGUCGGCGGUCACUAGUUGACUACCUUCAUUCUGUUAACCUUUUAAUUGUACAUGAAGGAUAUAUCUUGUGUAUCUGUAAGUGUGAAGUUACAUUCCUCCCUCCCACACAUCAGCCACCCAACUCAUUUCAGCACAAAUGAGCUACAUCCAUUCAAAAGACCAGUGUUUUCUAACCAGAGUGCCUACAGCUAAUGCAAAAUGAUCUAACUCCCACCCAGUGGUUGCUCCACCCAUUGAAGCAGGACUGGCUCCCUUUGCACAACUGACUAGUGAUGUCAUGUCUUGACACACUGCAACCUCCGAAAACCCAACCUGACCUGAAUCAUUUUGUAUGCUAUUAAAAAUAAAUAUUGGGGCGAAAAUCACAUGACAAUUGCAAAACCACCGUCACACACUGGUACAGACACUUUAUUAUGAACUACACUAACUUUACAGCCCCUGUAGCAUAGUCAAAUAAAAUAUAAUAAUAUUGGAAUACUCCUUUAAGGGCACAGCAAUAAAAUUGUGGGGAUUCAGCUCUUGGUGCCUACCCCUAUCUGCUGAUUAUAGGUGCUGUGGCUCUUUGAUCAGGGUCACAUCUAGGGAUGUACCGAUACUGGUAUAGGUAUGCAAACUGGACAUUUGCAUGAGUACUUGUACUCGUGCAAAUGUCCCCAAUACCUAAUCAGAUACUCACCGUCACGACCCCUGCUGGCAGGUAUCACAUAGGUGCCAAACUAUGCAGCGCACCCAGCAGCUGAGCCUGCGUCAUAGCCAGGACCUGUGGCUAAUGCUGAACAUCACCAAUUGCGGUGAUGUCCGGCAUUAACCUUUUAGACACCGCAAUCAAAGUUGAUCACAGGAUCUAAAAGUCCUGAAGUUAACUGCCAGCUAGCUCAGGGAUGCUGAUCGGGAUCACCGCGGUGAAAUCAGCUGUGAGGACGGCUGGAGGUCCCUUACCCUGCUCCGUGCCAUCCAAUCAUCGCUCCUUUACUGCUGCUAGCCAUGGCAGGAACUAGUAGAGAAGUGCUGAUAACACUGAUUACUGCUAUGGCAUGGCAUUGAUCAGUGUAUGCAAUCUACAGAUUGCAUGUUAUAGUGCCCUAUGGGGACAAAAAAAUGUGUAAAAGAAUAAAUAAAUAAUAAAUGUGAAUUAACUCCUGACACCCGCUGUGAUCCUCUUGUAUAAUGUAUAGAUGUGGACGCUCUUCUAUGGUCC